UUAUACUGAUUUGUGAGACUUGUCAUUUGUUUUAGCUCUGAGGUAUGAUUAUUACUCAGUUGAGCAGCAGUGGGCAGCUCCUUGGAUGUAUAUACUAAUACCACCACAUAGACCGUCACUGCUACAGAGAAUAAUACAUCAUAGAUAAUACAAGACUAGGCAUGUCUCUACUUCGGUUGUCAAGCUCUCAGAGAGUCUUCAGGAACUUAUCUCUGAUCGUACUGAGUGGCUCUGUCUGUUUGUUCCUGUGGGCCGCUCUCAGACCCUGCUCUGACAGGAAGCCUCUCCGCUCUCCAGACCUCCUCCCUCUGCACUACGCUGUAGACUUCCCUGCCUGCUCAGCCAUCAUCCGAGGAGACAUAGAGGGUCUGGAGAAGGAACAGCUCAGGAGACUGCUGAAGACCAAGAAGAAGAGCCAGUUGCUGUCGGAGGCAUUCUACCACAAUGUGACACAGGACUGCCAGAGAUUCGUCACAGACAGAGAGUUCAUUACCAUGCCUCUCAGCCCGGAGGAGGAAGAGUUCCCCAUUGCAUUCUCCAUGGUCAUCCACGAGAAGAUUGAGAUGUUUGACCGGCUCCUGCGUGCUUUAUACACUCCUCAGAACGUCUACUGCGUCCACAUCGACCAGAAAUCAUCCGAGGACUUCAAGAGUGCAGUGAGGGCUAUCGUGUCCUGCCUACCCAAUGUGUUUGUGGCCAGUAAGAUGGAGAGCGUCAUCUAUGCCUCCUGGUCCAGAGUGCAGGCUGACCUGAACUGCAUGGAGGACCUGCUAAAAUCACCUGUCCAGUGGCGGUACCUUCUCAACACCUGUGGAACCGACUUCCCCAUUAAGACCAAUGCUGAGAUGGUUCAGGCCCUCAAGCUGCUGAACGGAAAGAACAGCAUGGAGUCAGAGGUCACCAACGGCUACAAGAAGGGCAGAUGGCAGUUCCACCACAACGUCACGGAUACAGUAGUCAGGACAGAGGUUAAGAAGACCCCUCCACCAAUCAACACCCCCCUGUUCUCUGGCAACGCCUACUUCGUGGUAUCCAGGGCCUUCGUCCGUCACGUGAUGAAGAGUCAGGAGGUCCAGGUUCUGCUGGAGUGGGAGAAGGACACCUAUAGUCCUGAUGAACACCUGUGGGCCACUCUGCAGCGCAUGCCCGCUGUCCCAGGCUCCAACCCCCCCAACAGUAAGUACCAGCAGUCUGAUAUGAACUCCAUAGCCAGGGUAGUGAGGUGGAGCUACCUGGCUGGGGAUGUGAGGAGCGGAGCCCCCUACCCCCACUGCUCCGGGACCUACAGGAGAGCUGUGUGUGUCUAUGGAGCUGGAGACCUGCAGUGGCUCCUAAACCAACACCACCUUAUCGCUAACAAGUUUGACCCCGAGGUGGAUGAUGUGGCUAUUAGAUGUCUGGAGUCAUACCUGCGCUUCAAAGCAACACACCGUGUAUCAUUAAAGACAGUGGAAUCUGGGAGUAUCGUACCAAAACUAUUAAAUGUUAACAGGUUGUAAAUACGGUAAUACACAUGUAUUUAUAUUAUAUGAUAUAUUUCUGAUUUGUACAGAAUAUUUAUGAUUGCCAUGCUUAUUUAAAAUAUGUUUUGGAUUGUAUUGACUUUUGAGUUAUUAUCCAGAGCAACUUAACAUUAGUGAUUGUUGUAUAUAUCUGAUGGUACUGUAUUGAAGGUUGGAAAUACAGUCAUGUAUGUUUAUUUCUGUUUCUUUAACUGUUGGGGUUGCACUGUAGAUUUUUCUGAAUGCCAUGUACUGUAUUUCCUAGAUAUAUAUCCUCCUGUACUCGUUAUUUAUUACGCAGCACCGCCAUCUAGUGGAAUGACUUGUCUAACUGGACACAGCAGUACUGUAACCUCAUUAUAACAGUUAUAUAUGUGUACUCAACAAUGCCGGGGUGAAGGUUGUAUAUCAUGAUAAGUUAUUGAUUACAGAAUCAGCUAAUCUUCUCUCAGUGUUUUAAUUAAUGUCAACAAUAUCUUGAGUUACACCAAGGUACUAAGGCUGCUUGUUACUUUGCCUACUCAUAAAAAAAAAUGGUUGUUGGAACCAUCAAUCAUUUCUGCACAGCGUACUGUAUGUUGACUGUAUCUAAAUUGAGUCCAACAUGAAACCCAGUCUUGUCAUGUAAUUUAGUGUUACUGUAGUAUAUCAUUUAUUAAGAAUAAAUAUGCCUGUCACGCCCUGGUCGUAGUAUUUAGUGUUUUCUUUAUUUUGGUCAGGCCAGGGUGUGACAUGGGUUUAUUAUG